CAGGACCCUCACCAUGAAAGGCCUUCUGCUGCUCAUCUUGUCUUCUCUGCUCUGCUGGGUCUCAGCUGACAUUCGCUGUCACUCCUGCUACAAGGUCCCUUUGCUGGGCUGUGUGGACCGGCAGUCCUGCCGCCUGGAACCAGGACAGCAAUGCCUGACAACAAAUGUGUACCUCGGGAAGCUGUGGGUUUUCUCCAACCUACGCUGUGGCACACCAGAAGAGCCCUGUCGGGAGGCCUUCAACCAAACCAACAACAAGCUAGGCCUGACCUAUAACACCACCUGCUGCAACAAGGACAACUGCAAUAACCCAGCCCCUCGGCCCACCCCGGCCCUGGCCCUUGUCCUCCUCACCUCCUUGGCUGGCCUUGGCCUCUGGCUGUUGCAGUGAGGCUCACUCUAUGGCUGCCCCUCCUCCCACCUGCCUUAGCCUGAGCCUCUCUUAUCUUCAUAUCCUCUGCUUCCUUUUGCUCAGAAAAGCAUUUCUCUAGACCCUUCACAUUUCUUUAAUUAGACAGUGGUCCCCCGAUCCAUCCUUCCAUCCCACACCCUCCACUCUGCUUCUCUGGAGUCUCUUUCCAUUUCUCUCGACACCACUCCAGAUCCUCCAUCGUCUCCUA